GAUUGGCAUAUCCGUCCAAAUAAACACAAACAGGGGGAAGAAAGAAAGGGCCUCACGAAGCAGCGUUUUCUGCAGCAACCCUUCGCCAUGGCUUUUCUAUCUCGAACAUCCUCACGAUUCUCCCACCUAGCGUCGCCGCAACGUGCACUUUCUCUCCACACAACCCUACCUUCUCUAUCCACAACCUCACCUACACCCUAUGCUCCACCGCCUCCCCCAUCGGCUUCCUCUCCAGCCGGUCUUUCCAAGACGGGGGAGUACGUGAUCUCGAAGGUCGAUGAUCUCUUGAAUUGGGCUCGUCGCGGUUCCCUUUGGCCUAUGACGUUUGGCCUUGCUUGUUGCGCUGUUGAAAUGAUGCAUACCGGUGCUGCUCGUUACGAUCUGGAUCGAUUUGGGAUCAUUUUCAGACCUAGCCCUCGUCAAUCUGAUUGUAUGAUUGUUGCUGGUACUCUUACUAACAAGAUGGCACCCGCUCUUCGCAAGGUUUAUGAUCAAAUGCCGGAGCCUAGAUGGGUUAUCUCCAUGGGAAGUUGUGCUAAUGGAGGAGGAUACUACCACUACUCUUACUCUGUUGUUCGUGGAUGUGACAGGAUAGUUCCCGUUGAUAUUUAUGUUCCAGGCUGCCCUCCAACUGCCGAGGCUUUACUGUAUGGACUCCUCCAACUCCAGAAGAAGAUCAAUAGGCGCAAGGACUUCCUCCAUUGGUGGUCACAGUGAGAUCGAUUAAGUUUAUCUAUUGGCACCAAGCCAUUUAUAAUAAGCAAUUCAUGGUUGUUUUACUUUUGCUAUGAAUCACCCUUUGUUUGGUGGAUAUUCUGUUGAUAUGUGAUGUGACAUUAUUUCUAUAUGUUCUAUGUGGAGAUCUUUGGGGGCUUACGGUCUCGGAGAAGUUGAAUGUUUCUUAUAUACUAGUGCUUCUUAUGUACUUCAGGGUUGUUUAACAACUCAUGUUUGCCUCAUAACUCAUAAGUUACAAUGUUUAUUUUUUUACCAGUUUCA